AUGGAGACUGCCAAGAACGUCGCCAAUUACCUCUCUGAGACUGUCCAAGGUGCCACGUCGGGCGCAAGCAAGGAAGCCAACAAACAGGUCGCCAAGGACGGCAACGUGGACAUUAGCACUCGUGCCACUGCUGCCAAAGACGCCGUUGGCGACAAGCUCGACCAGACCUCCCACGAUGGCAAGGCCGAUGUCCAUAAGGAGGCUGCCAAGCACUAA